AUUAAGAGUAGAUUGAUUUCAGAAUGUAAGUUACUACGCCAUAUAUGCGGAGUAUUCUUGGCCGAAAAAGAAUUGCAAAUACAUAUGGUAUUUACGCAUCAGCAGAACCUCAGAAUGAAGGGGUGCCAGGCAGGACAUUCAAGAAACUAAAUGAGAAAGAAUUGUGGAAGUCAAUGAACAAUUUUGAUGUGGUAGCAGCACAAGUAGCAGGAAAUUACAAAAAAAAUGUAAUGAUGUCAGAUUUGGAAAUACAAGAAAUAUGUGUUAAGACAAUGUAUAUGGUUAAAAUGCUACUUGAAUACAUAUCGGUGGUGAAAAAAUGUUUUAUAGAAAAGUAUCUUUAGCAAGGUCAUCUAGAAUCAGAGGUAAUGAACAUCAGAGGAAUUACAACGCCAAUGUGGAUAAGAUUAAUGCAAACUUGUCACACGAACUAAAGAAUGCAACAAGGAUAUACAUGUGGAGGACCAAGGGCCAGAUUUUGAAUGGUUUGGCCAUGCUAGACACUGAU